UGCUGCUGCUUCAAAUUGACUGAAGUAUGAGAAGCGGCGACACACAAUGGAGCUGAGCGAGGGACGAACACAGUGAGCGCAGACUUUAUCUGUGUGUUGUCUCACAUUCGCACACGUCUUUAGUGUGCUGCUGUGGAGACGCAGCCAAACUACUACUACGAGUUUUUGUUUACUUUCCCUUUCUUUUUUCGACACUUUCUGCUACUUUUGGACUCUGAGUUGCAUCAAAUACGAGGUCACCAUGCCUCCCACGACGCCGUAUGCAGGGAAGUUCAGCACCUGCGUGCCCUACAGCAACAACAACAACCAUCCUCAGCCUCACAGUCCGUAUCGCAGCGGCACCGCCCCCAAGCCCUCGAAGGAGAACAACAUCUACAACGGUGGCUACUCUGCCGCGGAGAACCCCUACGACAUCCCGCAGCCCCACUGCUCCUACCGCAGCUCCUCCGUCUCCUCCGUGGCGACGAAGGAGCAGCACCACCACUACAACAACAACAACGGCAGCUGUUCGGAGAACCCCUACGCGUCCUCGCCGCAGCCGCGCAGCCCUCAGCAGCACAGCAGUUCGUGUCCGGGCCGCGCGCACCGCCACACCUCCUCCACCACCACCACCACCAGCAGCAGCAGUGGCAGCGGCAGCGAGCAGUCCUGUCGGAACAACGCCGCCCCGGGCAAAACUCGGUUUUACGGACAUGGCAUCACGGCAAGCUACGGGGAGAUGUGUUACCAUGACAACAGUUUGGUUUCAGCGUCCCUUGAGGCUCUGAUCCAGCACCUGGUUCCCACAGUGGACUACUACCCUGAUAGGUCGUAUGUUUUCACCUUCCUGCUGAGCUCACGCCUCUUCCUGCACCCGUACGAGCUCAUGACGAGGGUUUGUCACCUGUGUGUGGAGCAGCAGCGCUCCGGAGACGCCCUGCUGGAUAAGAUCCGUUUCCGCGAGGUGGCGCCGAAGCUGGUUCAGCUGCUGACCGAAUGGACGGAGACGUUCCCGUACGAUUUCAGGGACGAGAGGAUGAUGCGCUGCCUCAAGGACAUGACGCACCACGUGGCCCGAGGUGACGAGUACUCGUGGCGAGCCAUGCAGCAGAUGACCCAGCGCCUGAUCAAGCGUCUGUCGGCGCUCGGCCAGUACGAGGAGGCCGUGGCGGCGCUGAACGCCGUGGCCGCCGAGCGUCCCGCCGCCCUGAAGAGCAAACAGGCGUCGGGCCAGCGGAGCGACAUACUGAGCGUGUGCGACGACCCCUUCGUCCUCGCUCAGCAGCUCACACACAUCGAGCUGGACAGACUGAGUUUCAUUGGCCCCGAAGAGUUCAUCCAAACGUUCGCGAUGAAGGAUCCUCUAGAGAACCAUAAGGGUUUCUUCCGGAAGCGUAAGACCAGUAACCUGGAGGCCUACGUCAACUGGUUCAACAGACUCAGUUUCCUGGUGGCCACUGAGAUCUGCAUGCCCGUGAAGAAGAAACACAGGGCGCGGAUCAUCGAGUUCUUCAUCGACGUGGCUCAGGAGUGUUUCAACAUCGGCAACUUCAACUCCCUCAUGGCCAUCAUCACUGGGAUGAACAUGAGUCCGAUUGCCAGACUGAAGAAAACCUGGAGUAAAGUCAACACGGACAAGUUUGAAAUCCUGGAGCAUCAGAUGGACCCGUCCAGUAACUUCAGCAACUACCGUACGGCUCUCCGCGGCGCCACCCAGAGGUCUGAGACGGCUCACAGCAGCCAGGAGAAGAUUGUGAUUCCUUUCUUCAGCCUCCUGAUUAAAGACAUUUACUUCCUGAAUGAAGGCUGUUCCAGCAGACUGGCAAACGGACACAUCAACUUUGAGAAACUGUGGGAGUUGGCAAAGCAGGUGAGCGAGUUCCUGGUCUGGCGUCAGGUGGUUUGUCCGUUCGACAGAGACCGACGGAUCCUCCAGUACCUCGUCACCACGCCGGUCUACACGGAAGACGAGCUGCACCUGGCCUCGUAUGAGAGCGAAGGGCCGGAGAACAACAUGGAGAAAGACAGUCGCAGGUCUCUCAGAUCGUCGCUGCUGCAUCGCGAGAACCGGUCGUAAGAGGAAGCGCUGCGGACUGUGAAACCAGUGACGCCGUUUAUGACACUAUUAAGACAUUCCUUAAAGCGACAUCAUCUUAUGUACAGAGGAGGACAUGCAGCUGGGACCACUCUUAAAGUGUUUGAUGAAAGCUGCUGCAGUUGUGUGUUAUCACAGACGACUAUCGUGCGCCUGAAAACGUUCUUGAAUUGCGAUGAUUCCCAUGAGGAGCUUCACAUUCCUGGUGUGGAUUACAAACUGUGUGCUGCUGCUUCCUCCUCCUCAACUGCUCAAUCUGAGGCACUUAACUCGACAUUAGAAGACGUGUAUGGAUUUCGUUUUAUAUCCUCCAGUGGAUGGACCUCCAUCAUGGCAGCAGCAUGGGAGGGGGGGGAUGCUCUUUUCCUUUUAACCCUCAUUGGUUUACCGGACAACAUUAGCACUGCUUUGUUUUUCUUUUUUCCUGGCAGUCAGAAACCAGAGAGGCGAGGCGAGCUGUAUCAUCAAUAACAGGCCCUCAACAGCUGCUUUUGAAGACACGUUGCUGCUGCUGCUGCUGCUGCUUGUCGUCAAAUUAUUCUUUUUGCUAUUUCGCUGCAACUCGACUCACGUCAGCCGCAUUUUUUGGUUGUUAGCAUUUUGUGCGAUGUGGGCACUCUCGCUGGCGAAUUUGCGACGCGACUUUUGUGACGAUCAUGCAGCGGAAAUCAAAUGCACUUGAGCGAGCGAGCGUGGCGCUGUGCGUGUUGUAUUAUAGGUUUUCAUUGACUCCUAUUUUGAGGCGUCACUCUUUACAGUAUUAAGUUGUAUUUUGUAUCAGAAGGCUUAAAAACAAAACAAGUGUUUCCUUUUCCUGUACGCUCUUUCUGUGAUGCUUCACCGUGAGCUUGUUGCUGGUUGGCUGGCUCUGUGUUGGUAAGCUAUUUUCCGUUAACACACCAGUUCUUGUAUGAAAUGAAAUGAAAUGAAAAAGUGUUUGGGUUUUGAUUGACACACUGAUGCCAUUUGAACUCUGAGUGGAAGUGAUGCUACAUUUUUAUGUGUUCAU